AUGUUGCCGCCGUCACCACUACGGCGAUUCAGGAAAUGGUCCCGCCGCCGCGGGAGCGGGAGAGGCUGGGACGGCCCCUGUCACAGGAAUGCGAGCGGCCCCGCCGGCCCGCCCCUCGCGCGGCCGCCAACCGCCUCCCUCCCCGGCGCGCCGCGGCGGCCCUGCGCCGGGUUUCUGCGCUCCGCCGGGGGCCGGGGGCAGUUUUCCCAACUUUAUCCUCGCCCCGCCUGGGAAGAAGUGCCCGCCGGAGUUGUCGGGGACACCGGAGGUGGAGGGGGGGAUUCGAACCCGGAGUUCGCGCAAAGCCGAGAAGCAUCUGCCCAGAGGAGGCAGAGGUGGCAGGACUCGGUGAACGCGGAUUCGCUGGUUCAAAAGGCUCGGCUACGCCCCAAAAGCGCACCUCAGAUCUCAGUCGCACGCACACCGAGUCGUGCCCAACGUGUGGAAAGUGAGCCUGACCCUCAAUGGACAAUGAAGGCUGCUGUGUCCACCCCUCGGGCAGUGGCCCGACUUGGCCAGGGCGGCCAGAGGAGACGAGUUCGCCACCUGGGACAAGCUCGUGGUCGAAAUGUUUGGAAUCCCAAGAUCUUCCACGUAUUGCAUGAUACUGAACAGGAUAUUUCUGCAUUUUAUUGACCUUCCUGAAAAACAGCUGCUCUAUCUAAAAGACUUAGAAAUAACAAGGUGUUUAUUUAUUUAGUAUUCAUUCUGCACAGUCACUCUGCUAAAUGAUUAUCUCACAUUCAAUUCUUUAAAAGUAUCAUAAUUUUGGGCUUCCCCGGUGGCGCAGCGGUUGAGCUCUGUGUUAUAAAGCUGUCCGCAGCCUCUGCGGCACCGGUUCGAUCCCCAGCUGCUCCCCGGCCACUGGAGGAGGGUCCCACAUGGCGGGCAGACCUCUCCUGCCGCCCGCUGCUCCCCUCAGCAGUGUACUUCGGUCCUUCUGAUGCUCUGCUCCCCGCUCUGGCUCUGGUGAAUUCUCUCACCCUCCAGCGCUUCUGACUGUACCCAGUGCUUGUAUAAAAUAAUAAAUAAAUAAAAAAUAAAAAGAAAAUAAAUAA